CCCGCGCUCGUUGAUGGUGUCAGCGCGCGGCGCCGCGCUGCGGGAAGGCCCCGCCAAGCGCGGGCUGGGCCCCGUGGUAACCGCGUCCCGGCGACAUGUCGCGCCUGCCGGCCCGGAGGCUGCUGGCGUUGUCCAGGGGCUGGCGCGGCUUCUCAGUUUGUGAGUCAUGCGGUCUCCGAAGAUUUUCCCUCCAGCCUGCCCAGCAGAAGAAGAUUCCAAACCGAUACUUGGGCCAGCCCAGCCCCUUCACACACCCACACCUUCUCAAACCAGGAGAGGUAACCCCAGGAUUGUCACAGGUGGAAUAUGCUCUUCGUCGACACAAACUGAUGGCCUUGAUCCAGAAGGAAGCCCAUGGCUGGGGCGGUUCGGACCACACAGUGAUUCUGCUGUCCAACCCCACGUACUACAUGAGCAAUGACAUCCCCUAUGUUUUCCACCAGGACACGAACUUCCUCUACCUCUGUGGCUUCCAGGAGCCUGACAGCAUCCUUGUGUUGCAGAGCAUUCCUGGCAAAGCGCUGCCCUCCCACAAAUCCAUCCUUUUUGUGCCUCGCAGAGAUGCAAGCCGAGAGCUGUGGGAUGGGCCCCGAUCAGGCACAGAUGGGGCAAUUGCUCUCACAGGAGUAGAUGAAGCUUACACCAUCGAGGAGUUCAGGCACUUGGUGGCCAAGCUGAAAGGUGAGUCAAACAUUGUUUGGUAUGACUUCACGAAACCAGUGCACACAGAGCUUCACGCCGACUACAUGCAGCCCCUGACCGAGAUAAAAGCUCGGCACAAAACCCACAUCCAGGGCAUCCGACAUCUAGUGCAAAACCUUCGUCUGAUCAAAUCUCCUGCGGAGAUUGAAAGGAUGAAGAUCGCUGGACGGCUGACAGCAGAGGCUUUCAUAGAAACAAUGUUCGCCAGCAAAUCCCCAGUAGAUGAAGCCUUUCUGUAUGCAAAGUUUGAAUUCGAGUGUCGGGCCCGUGGUGCUGACAUCUUGGCCUACCCCCCUGUUGUUGCUGGUGGCAACAGGUCAAACACUUUGCACUAUGUGAAGAACAAUCAGCUCAUCAAGGAUGGUGAACUGGUUUUACUGGAUGGUGGAUGUGAGUCUUCCUGCUACGUAAGUGACAUCACGCGUACCUGGCCCGUCAACGGAAGGUUCACCAAACCCCAAGCAGAACUGUACCAGGCUGUCCUGGAUAUUCAGAAGUCCUGCCUGAGCCUCUGCUCCCCAGGUGUGAGCCUAGAAAAUAUCUACAGCCUCAUGCUGAGCCUUAUUGGACAGAAACUGAAAGAGUUGGGGGUUCUAAAGAGCAGCAUCACUGACAGCCACUUCUUCAAGGCUGUUCGAAAGUACUGCCCGCAUCAUGUGGGCCAUUACUUGGGCAUGGAUGUUCAUGAUACCCCAGAUAUAUCUCGAUCGCUCCCGCUCCAGCCAGGCAUGGUGAUAACCAUUGAACCAGGUAUUUAUAUCCCUGAGGAUGACAUGAGUGCCCCUGAGAGAUUUCGUGGCAUUGGUGUGCGCAUUGAGGAUGACGUCGUGAUAACAGAGGACGCGCCUCUCAUCUUGUCUGCCAACUGUCCCAAGGAGAUCUACCACAUCGAGCAGAUCUGUGGCCGCAGCUCAUGAUGCCCCUUCUCUGCCUCUUCUGUGCUCCUCAGGAGACGCAGCCCUGCAGGGACGCAGAUCCCUGUAGUUGUCAAGUGAUGGAGGGUGUGGACAGUUGAUGGCAGAUUCCAAGACUGGGGCUGGGAAGUAGAAUGCAAAAGGCUUGGGUACUGAGGGAUAAAAAAGCAAAGCAACCUUUUCCAUGUGCAUUUUCCUUCUGAUUUCUUUGGUGCUGAUGUUGAGCUGUUGUAGGACAUGGGGAUGGAUUCUUCUCUCUGCUGUGUGGAUCCAUCUGUUCUGGUGCCCUUGGAGGGGUGAAUUUUGUCAGUGCCACCAGGAGGGCUUCUGCCUGAUCCCUGUCCAGACACACCGGUGCAACUGCUGAGACCAGGGCACGGUUGUUUACCCUGCAGCAGUAGUUUCACAACAGUCAGAUUUUAACAGCGAAACUUCAAUAAAUUGUGUUCUGGAGGAAUAAGGUGUGUCAAACAGCUUUGAUUUUUAUAGAGCCCUGGAAAGUAGGGGUUUGGUAGUUAGGAAAAUGGGUUUGGUUUAGAAGUAGUUUUAUCUGAAGCCGGUGGAGAACGCUUCUAGUAUUAUAAGGGUAAGGAUGUGUUUGGGCCUUGUUCUAGCAGAUGCAAAAUAGGCCAACAGCAGGGAAAAAUAUCUCUGGUCUUUCAACUUAUUGGGGUGUUUAGUAAUUUCAGACAGCACAGAUAGGGCUCAGGAGGUUGGACAAACCCACUGUUGCUGUCUUCUGCGUUCUCUUUUGUCCCAGCUGUCCAUUCCAGUCUCCUGUUCGGAGCCCGCCUCUCUCCUGGGAAGCAGGGCCGUGUUGGGCUCCUCUGGCGAGCUGCUGGUUGUCCCCUGCAUGGCAGGUGUCUGAUUCUGGGACAGUCACAGCACCUUUCGGGUUCAUGCUGUAAAUGCCAGCAACUUCAGCAGUACGUUUUGGAAGAGUCUGCACUAUGACAAGUUGCAAGUCUUUAUAUGGUUUUUCUAAAGUAAUUCUCCUUUUCAAAACACUGAGGGUGUAAUCACAGCUGCCUUUUGGGUUUUGCUAAGUGAAAUCAGUAACUAACGCUCUGUGAUAAUAUUUUUGAGGCAACGGUUAGUGUCCAGGAUGGAUGAGAAGUAAAGAGUUGUCUUCCCUCAACAUCAGCCUACCACCCGGGCCAUCGUAUGCAGUAGUAAAUACACCUACUAGAGGCAAACUGUGUAUUUACUGAAAAUAUGUUGACAGUUAUUUAACAUGUCUGAAAAAUACCUCUCAUCAGUGCAUCUCAUUUUGUUUAUGCUUGCUGUUGCAUCACAUCAUCUUCCUUCCUUUGUGAUGGUAGUUUUCAGUAUUUUUUGUCUGUCAUUCUUAAUUUUCUUUAUUUUUCUCUUCUUUUCCUAUAUUGUCUAUUUUUGACUGACUAUAAUGUCACUGUUUCCUAGUCUGUUUUGCUUUCCAGUCGAAGUCACUGCCUUUUCCUGGGUUUGCCCUAAUUCCCCACGUUGAAUGUAGUCAGAACCGUGUGGGGAAGGUAGUCAGGGUUCCUUAGUUUGACCUCUUGCUCUGUUGCUGUGUAACCUCUAGCAAAACCUGCCUUUUUUUUUCCUCUUUGCUUUUCAUUUCACUUAGUGAAGGCCAAAUCGACAGUGUCUUGCAUCUCUUACUGCUUUUAAUGGGAGCUGGGUGCAUGCACUGGGGUUUGAAUUUGGCACUUGAAAGGCAGCCAAAGACAUACCAUAACUUUAUUUUUUAAAUGUGAUGAAAAGUAAAUGCUUGUACAAAGUUUAGUGUAUCAAGUUUCAUCUUGCUCACGAUUAUGGCAAAUACCAAGUUUAGUUCAUUACUUUUAUGGAUAUUUAUAAUGUAACAUAACAUCUAGUUAAGAGAAUCUGCUAAUCUUUGAUGGAAGCCUUCGUCAGGUGUUCAUGCGUUACAGUGAUACAUACAGUGUAAAUUGUUAGAAGGCAGGCUUGUUAAGUGUGGACGCAGAGCUGGUGAAUACUUUUGAUGUUAUUCUGAUCUGUAACGUAUUUGUUGUUCCAAUUACAGCUGUUGGAGCCAUGUCAACUGAGACAAAUCUUGGAUUUUGGAACUAUGUAAGCAGCUUAAAAUAACAUUAACCUGAGAGCUACCUGUAUGUGCUUAUCUGCACAUCUGCCCAUGUACCUAACAGAGUUAAUAAUUGUACUUACUGUAAAUAAGCCUUUGAAAUACAUAUAAAAAAGUUAUUUUUAAAAUAAACAAUUUGUAGAAAGUAAUUUCUUGGGCCAUUGAGUUGCAUGGCUGUCGAACAGAUAUAAGCAGCUCCAGGAAGGGCAUUAUUUUUCAGGGAGAUUUAUAAAUUAUCUGUAACCUAUUUCGACUUGAAAUAACAUUGUCAAAUGUAGGCAUGCUCUAAUUCCUACUCCUCUUGAAAAAAUCCUGCAGCUUGCAAACCGUUUCUGCCAGUCAAUAAGUGUUGUGGAUAGUAAUGUAUCUGCAGGGGCUGCUGUGCCCCACCGUGCCAGGUGUGUCAGAUUGAGGCUGUGUUGCUCCAUGUUCUGUAAUUCUUCCACAGUGUUUAGCCAUUUCUUCAGCAUAAACCGCUGCUAAUGUUUUGAAUCUGUUGUUCCAUGUAAAGAAGAGUGCAUUUUGCAGAAUAUAUUAAAUAUGCGUCUUAACAACCUAAA